CUUUGUCUGUGUCUUCUCUUCAUAGAGUCGCCUACACAUAUCCUUUCUGCAACCUUUUUCCUCUACGCUGUUUCACAAUUUCGAACGCGCGACUUAAUCUUGCCCCACCAAGCACGGUGACAAUAUAACAAUAGCAUCUUGAUUGCUUUGGUCGCCAUUAUGCCCGACUCGCCACUUACUUUGACCGUCCCCGAGGCUGCCGCGUCUAUCGACAUUAUACAAUUCAAGCUUGUCCUCGGUGGCACUGAAGAGGCACUCAACGACUAUACGAACCGACACCAACUUGUUCAGCCUAGUGUCGUAUUUCGCUCGUUUCAACAAAUUAGCUGGUUGCAUGAAAAAUUGACGCGGGCGUUCCCGGAACUCGUCGUGCCACCACUCCCAGAUCCUCCUUCUUCACAACGCAUGGAUGAUCAGGAUUAUGUCGAACGCAAACGAUUGCAAGUCGUCCGCUUUUUCGAAAGGUUAAUUACUCGCACUGUAUUUGCAGAUCAUGAGGACUUUGUGCAUUUUCUUUCCAAUGACAUGACACCCACUGAAGUCGGGCAAUCAAAUCGAGGCGUCUUGUCGUUUUUACGUUUCAAUCGGGUGAUGCGAUCUAAUACCGACCGUGGGUUCAAAUCAUACAAGGCUACAGAGCCCGUAGAGGGCAAUGAUCAAGACACAUUUCAUCGUCACCAGAUCUACAUUCUCAUGCUUGAAUCAUAUUUCGGUACCAUAGCCGAAUCUUUAGGCCAGCUGAUCCAGACCCGUGAAGGACUUGCGGAUGUGUUGGCACACAUGGGCGAUGUUGUUAUCGAAACGACCCAGAGCAAGUACCGACUCGGGAACGGGGACUCUGAGGCACAUAGAAAGGCCCAGCGUGCACUUGAUCAUAAGAUGCAGUUGUUUGGUUUACUGAUGGAUGAACUAGGUUUCAUCUUCACACGCCAGGGCAUUGAAGAGAAUAUGAAGUUCGGCGAUGUAAUGAUCGAGUACAAGAAUUCCAUGGACGGUCUCAAGACGGCAUUCAAUGCCCGAACACAAAAGCUGAUGGACUAUGUGGACAGCGUCAAGCACAGGAACAAGAAGCGUGACAAGGCAGAUAAGCUCAAACUGCGUAUGGGGCUAACUGCACCCGAAGUACAAGCGACAAUUGCAGAGGAAGAGGAGGCGGCGCAAGAGCUACAAACGUCACGGCAAGAAUUUGACGCAUGCCAAGCCAAAGUGAAGCAAGAGAUCCAACUGUUCGAAACACAAAAACAGCAUGACAUCACCCGAGCAAUACACGACUAUGUCAAUCUCAGUUUACGGUAUGAACGGUCCAAGCUGUCGAGCUUGGAAAAGGCUGUGCAUGAAAUACGACAAUUUAAUCCAAAACCAGUAUCGUUGGCGCAUACACUCUUGCCAGACGAGGAAGAGAGUUCAACAGCAUCGUCUUCGACCUAUGAUGCCAAGCAGCAGCAGCACCGAAAGCGACGGAGACGGAGAGGUAGCAGGAAACAUGGUCCGCAAGCUAUAUUGUCGUCUGCGUCGCUGCCGACAUCAACGCCUCGCAAGUCAAAACAAAAGCAAUCCAAAUCCAGCGAUUGCGAGAGUGGAGACGAACGAGAUAACGAUGAAGCACUUCAAUCGGCAGCACAAUUAUCAUCGUCUUCGCGUGUGUCUCCGUUUAUACGCUAUGAAAACCAAUCGCGCGUCCACAUGUCUGCGUCCUAUGAUGAACGACUGGGUGGCGCUGCUGGCUGGCUUAAUUCCAGCGAUUAAUUCUACUACUAUAACACUCUAUCACUUUUUCCUUUUUUUUAAUACUCGUAUACAUAGCUAUGUACCCCUUCUCCUAAUAAAUUGUCUCCACCCCUGCUAAUCUCUAAAGGCACGUACUAAACAU